AUGGAACAGAUGAGCAGAGUUGUGAAUGAGUUGGAUUCUAUCCAUUUCUCUAUAAAGAAAGCAUCUGAGUUGGUCAAAGAAAUCGAUAGGCAAUGGGUUGCUACUGACAAGUGUAUUAUGGCAUUGCUUUUCCUUUUUGUCAUUGGAGUAAUUGCUUUCAUUAUUGUAAAGAGUCGUUUUGAGAUACUUUCUUUGGCUGGAUCCUUCAUGCUUACUGAUAACGAAGGAACAAGAAGAAGGGCAGGUGGAAUGACCAUCUCACUGGAAACCCCCGGUGGCCGCGUUGUUGGUGGAGGAGUUGUUGGUGUUCUUACAGUUGUCACUCUUAUGCAGGGACAGAAAAUGGGAAUACCUCAAACAUUACUAUGGGUUAAUCGUCUAUCAUCAAGAAUGGUGGUUAAGAAAAGAACUCACCAAAAAGGAAACUCGGAGAUUCAAAAUCCUGGCAAUGCAGGUAAAGUUCCUUUACAGUCCACUACCACCGACCAACCACUACUGAAUGUGACGAUAGCUUACGCUUCUUUAUUGUUACAAACUCUAUAA